UGUUGCCUAGCAACUAACUGGUAGAGCGUUCUCAAACAAAUAUUUGCUUUGAUCACAUCACAACUCCGCUGUUUGAGAUCAUCCAAAAUGGGUGAAGUUGGGCAUCCACAAGAAAGCGUAUUCAACCUUCUUCCAGAGGAAAAGGUUAAUGUAGAAAAACCGCCGCGGUAUAUGUCCAAGUUUAGGCCAGUAGUUGCUCUUGAGAAAAAACUAGUUAAAGAUGCUGUAAAAACAAUGGGACCAGCAAAGGUGGAGGUCCCAUCUCCAGACAAAUAUCUGAAGAAGCAUUCGAAGGAGGCGAAACUAACUGACCAGACGCAGUGCUCAAAAGAGGGACGUCACACCUGCACCAUGAAGAAGCCGCCUGUGCCUUUAAGGACAGACAUCCCUCCUAUGGGCAUUCACACAAAGAGAGACUUCAUAAAGACAGUUACAGUAGUUCCUAUGAAGCCUCAACCUACAUGCGUUGACACCCACAAGGGACACAAACAGCUCCUUGAAAACUCAGGACUAGUCCCCAAGUACAUUAGAAAAAAGGACUAUGGUGAAGUGCCCGAGUACCUUCAGCAGCACAAGGAAGAAGAGCAAAGGGCUCAAGAAGCAUAUGACAACUAUGUAAAAGAACAGAGGGAACGGGGAGCCAUGAAACACCUGUCUGACGAAGAGCGACAAGCCGUCCUGGAGGGUUUGAAGAAGAACUGGGAUGAGCUGCAUCACGAAUACCAGGGCCUCUCCCUUGUCACCGACACCCUGUCAAAGAAAACCCACAAGGAGCGCCUUGAAGCAGCAAUGAAGCAGCUGGAGAAUGACAUCUCCCGCAUAGAGAGAUUCAAAACCAUCUAUAUACCCAAUUACUAGGACAUAAAAAACUUUGAGUUUGAUCAGAUUUGCUGCUCCUUAAGUCUUUACUUUUUCAAUAGUUUGGAUACCACACAAGCUUCAGAAAAAUAAAAUUAGUUUUGUGCAGUAUAUGAAUGUUCUAGUGCAUGGUUAAUUGUACAAUAGUAAAAGCUAGCAUAACAUGAAUAAAAUGUACAAAAAUCAAA